AUGACUUCGCAACUGGUGUCCAAAAUAUGUGUCAUUGGUGGCACCGGAGUCCAAGGCAUGUCCAUCGUCAAAGCGCUCGUACACGAUAAGAAAUACACAGCUCGACUUCUGACCCGCGAUACCUCGUCUCGCCGCGCCGCUGAGCUUCUCGCCCUCGGCAAUGUCGAAUUGCUCCAAGGCACAUUCGCAAGUGAAGAGGCCCUUCGCGACGGCUACCGAGGCUGUGAUGGGGCUUUUGCCAACAUUGAUGGCUUUGACGGUGGAGAAAGGGGCGAGAUGUACUGGGCUAUUCGCGCCCAUGAGCUUGCUAUUGAAGAGGGCAUCAAAUCUUUUGUGUACGGCAGCCUUCCCUAUGUCCUCAAGCUGGGAGGCUACGACUCCAGGUUCUAUUCCGGCCACAUGAAUGAAGUGGGUGCAGCUCUGUUCACAGUCGCGCCUUACAUGGACAUGACCAUCGGCUCCCAUACUCCCAUGGCACCCACCAUCGAAGACGACACUCUCACCUGGCGUGUGCCCCUCGGAAAUAGUUCUAUGCCUUUGGGCUCCCUCGAAGAUUGCGGCUACUAUGUUCGCUUGCAAUUCGAUAACCCUGAGCGCGCCAAUGGCUUGGACCUCAGGACCGCGGCUCAGGGCAUCACUUAUAGCGACUUGGCCAUUGCAUUUGAGCGCCCUACGGGCUAUCGCGCUAGGUAUAUUGAUGUCGACCCCAGUGCCAUGUCCUCGCAACGGAACUUUACUGCAUUGUGGAACUCUUUCAGACAUGGGCUCUUCGGGAUAGACUAUGCUCUUCUGGACCAGAUUCAGCCAAACAGAGUCAAAAGAGCAGAAGACUGGUCCCGUCAGCAAGACAACUUAUUGAAGAACUCGGGAAAGGGAGGCUUAUGGGAAAGACUCCAGCCCGGAAACAUCACAUUGGUUAUUAAGCGAAGCGAAGAUGGAGGUCAUUUGUAA